AUGUUCCUUCUUCUGGGCCUUCUUACGGUAGUUGGUGGUCUGCACACAGGUUCAAAUUCUCAUAAAACAUUUCUGCAGACCACAGUCCCUGAAAAGAUUUCAUCUUCUGACACAGAAAGAGAUCCAGAAAAUAAUGUGGCUUAUAUCAUUACAAUAGAAGGAAAACCAUAUUUUGUCCAUCUCAAAAAGCAAUCAUUUUUAUCUUCGGGUUCUUUUGUUUAUUCUUAUGACAAAGAUGACACCCAGCAUGCUAAACUUUUGUUAAAACAGAUGGAUUGCAGUUACCAUGGAUAUAUUGCAGGUUUUCCAAAUUCUCUUGUAUCACUCAACACAUGUUCAGGACUCAGGGGAACAUUGCAGUUUAAAAACAUCUCAUAUGGAAUCGAACCAAUGGAGGCUAUAUCAGGAUUCAUGCACGUAAUUUAUGAAGAAAAAGAUUACAACACUAAUAUUCCUCUCUUAGGAGACAAUGACACUUACAGCCAUACUAAUUCAGAAUAUCAAGUUAGAAAAAGUUCAGAAGUAACUGAAUUUUUCAAGUUAUUUCCUCGAUACCUUGAAAUAUAUAUUGUUGUGGAUAAAAAUCUGUUUGAUUACAUGGGCUCUGAUAUAAAGGCUGUAACACAGAAGGUUAUUCAGAUAAUUGGCUUUGUCAACACUAUGCUUACUCAGUUAAAACUGACUGUUGUCAUAUCUUCCAUAGAAAUCUGGUCAAAUAAAAACAAAAUUUCUACUAUGGGAAAUCCUAAUCAUAUAUUAUUUAGAUUUUUAGAAUGGAAAUUGAGACAUAUCUUUCGACCUUAUCAUGCUGCAUACUUACUUGCCUUCAAGAAACAACUUAGUUUUAUAGGAGCCACAUUUCCUGGAAAAAUAUGUAACAAGAAUUAUGCUGCAGGAGUAGCUCUGUAUCCAGAAGGUUCAUCUUUGGAGUCAUUUACUGUCAGUAUCGUGCAGUUGCUUGGUCUUAAUGUGGGAUUGAGUUUUGAUAACUCUGACACCUGCUAUUGUUCAGGAGAUGUUUGCAUAAUGUCACCAAAAGCAGUGCACUCUGGGGGUGUAAAGGAUUUUAGCACCUGUAACUUGGAUGAGUUUAAAUAUUUUGCUUCAGAUUCUGGCCUUGACUGUCUUAAUAAAAUCCUUCAUGAUAUGCCAGUUUACAAAUCACGGAAGAUAUGUGGCAAUGGAAAGUUGGAACGAGGUGAACAAUGUGAUUGUGGCACUCUAGAGACUUGUACACAUAAAGACUGCUGUGAUCCUAGAACAUGUACACUCAAAGGUUCUAAAGUUUGUGGUUCCGGGGAAUGCUGCACACAAAAGUGCACGUUAAAACCAGUUGGUAUACUUUGUAGGAAAUCAUUUGAUAAAGAAUGUGAUUUCGCUGAAUAUUGCAAUGGAUUUAACCCACACUGUGUGCCUGACACUUUUGCACGCAAUGGACAAUCUUGUGAUUCGGGUAACGCCUACUGUUAUGGAGGAAGAUGUCAGACAUUUAACAAACAAUGUAGAGAUUUAAUUGGAGGAGCUUCUAGAGGUGCUUCGUUUACUUGUUUCGAUGAAAUAAAUUCAAGAGGUGAUAGAUAUGGAAACUGUGGUGCAGACUAUUGUGCUUUUUCUAAUCUUCUGUGUGGAAAAUUAGUUUGUGCCUGGCCGCAUAAAGCAUUAGUAUCACGUGCAAAUUUAUCUGUGAUUUACACACAUAUACGAGAGGAUAUAUGUGUAUCUACAUUUCUACACCCAGGCAAGCUUAAAUAUACAAAAGCUGAAGACAGAGAUGAAACAUAUGUACAAGAUGGCAGUGCGUGUGGUCCUGAGAUGUUUUGUGUCAACUUUACUUGUAGAGAGAUCAAAUACCUGGUUGAUUAUAGGAUAUGCGACAAUUCUAAUCAUUGCAAUAACAGUGGAAUUUGCAACAAUUUUAACCAUUGCCAUUGUAAAGAAGGGUUUGCACCUCCUGAUUGCCAAGAAAUGAAAGGAGAAUUUGGAAGUAUCGAUGAUGGACAUUCAAUUAUAACAACUAAGAGUUCUUUGGAGAGAAGAUUGACCACUUCUCCGAAACGCCGAUUUCAACUCAUUUUCUACAUUUCUUUACCUGUGCUCAUCAUCACUGCUGCUGUUUUAAUAAAGCAGGAUAAAAUAAGGGAGCUUUGCUACAGAAGUGAUACUGAAAGCGAGAGGUCUGUGUCAGAAGAAAGCAUCAGUAAUAGCAAGUUAUCCUCCAGUGUAAGUCAGAACUUUUACCCUGUCUACUCCACCUUGAAUCCAGAAGAAGCUCCAAUGCAAGUGAAAGUAGCCCAGGAUCUUCAUUCAUGA